UUGUUUUCGCUGCAGCUUACUGUGUAGUAUUGAGUUUGGUUUCCUAUGCUCCUCUGGUACUGUACAGUCACAAUGUCAGAAAGUGCAGAGGGAGUCGAAAGGGUCUGACAUGAAAAGCCAUGGCUCUGCAGGCAAAAUGCAUUCGUCGUGCACUGUGUCUCUUUGUGUUCAUAAUUCUUGUCAGAGGUUUCCAUGAGUUGACGAUUGAGUAUAACAAAACAAUUAAUGUAAUAGCUGGUCAGAGUAUCAGUCUAAAAUGCAUUCUGGAAAACAAAGAAAACCUCACAAUCAGCAUGAUUGACUGGACCAAAGAAGUUAAUGGUCAUCCUGAACUGAUUGUAAUUACGAACGGCAGGAACAUCAGUCAUGGCAAAAAUUACACUUCUUUUCAGUUUGAAUCCAAGUCUAUACAUUCAUCAAAAAACAGAAACGGAAAUUUAUUCAUCCCGAAUCUAAAGGCUUCUGAUACCGGAAAAUACACCUGUUCAUUCAGUACGUUUCCAUUGGGUAACGCAAAAGUAUAUAUGAAUCUCAAUGUUGCUAAUGAAGUUGAUUUACAGGAGAAUGCUGUGGAACAACUGAAUGUGUUUGAAGUAAUGCUGAACAGCAUAAUACAAAUCCCUUGUGGCUUUAAUGCUGGCGCCAAACACAAUUUUACACUGGAAUGGUUAACAAAAGAAAAUGGAACUGAAGAAAGGCUUAUAUAUGCAAACAGGUUUGAAAAUGAAAUCAAUAACAUCACCCAAUACAUAGAUAGAAUCUCUCUUGGAAGGAACUACAGUUUGCGCAUCAAUUCUAGUAUGACUGUGGAUGAAAGAGAUUUCAUAUGUCGGGUAGAGACAUCAUAUGAUUCAGGAUUCACCAUCAUAAAUAAAGUAAAUAUAUUUGCUGAACCAAAGACCCCACAAAUCAAUGAGGUACUGGACUACACUGACUUGAACAAUGUACACCUGACAGCAACUUGUGUCUCAGCAGAAGCAUUUCCAAAACCAAAUAUUACCUGGUACUUGGAUGGAAAUCCUCUUCGAAAUGGUGCUAAUGGUUCUAAUAUAACAUCUGAAAUUUCCCUGGAUGCGAAGGGCCUAUAUAAAGUGAAAACAAAAUUGCUUUUACUGACUGAAUAUGACCAAUGGAAGAAUCUUUGGUGUGAAGCGAUGUUUUCUCUGCCUUCAAACAAAAUGGAAGCUAUUUCAUCUAGAAAGAUACAGCAUCAGAAAGAUCUAGGCAGCAUUGAAUUUACUCCAUAUGAUCAAUAUGAGGUGUUUGCUGGAAGCGAUUUGAAUGUUUUGUGCCAUAGCAACAGUUCAGCGACUUUGCAAUACAAAUGGACAAAGGACAAUAGGACAGUGUCAAGUUCAGAUUUGCUGACAAUGAAAAAUGUAACGGAGGAAACUGCUGGAAUUUACACUUGUAGUGUAAAUAUUCCAGGGACAAACCUAAGCAGCCAUGGUAACAUUGUUGUUACAUUUAAAGAUAAUUACACGCCACCCACUAAAGUGACCUCAGAAACAUUGUUUCCUGCAGCGUCUAGCAAAGGCACUGAAUCUUAUACAAGCAGCAAUUUCAUUAUCGGUAUCGGACCAUCUUCUGGUACAGAUUCAUUUACUACCUUUGAACCAUCUAACCAUACUGAAGCAACUGAAACCAUUCAACCAUCCCCUAGAAUUGGGCUAUCAGUCAGCACAGAGGCAUCAAUCGGCACUGCUUCAUCCACCAUCUCUGACUCGUUGACUAUAAAUUCAACAUCCAUCACCAUUCAACCUUUGGCAAGCAACGGACCAUCAAUCAACAUUAAUUCAUCCAUCAGUAAUGAACCUACAAUUACUGAUCAGUCAAACUUGAUUACUCAAACAUCAACUAGUCGUGAGCUAAUCUCUACCGUCAAAUUAGGGAGCGAAGAAGAAUCCGAAGGAACUGUUUCAGUGGCUAUCGUGGUAUCCAUAAUCGUAAUCCUAAUAAUGUGUACAGCAUUAGCAAUGUACUUAAUCAAACGAUGGCAAAGCAGGAAAAUUUAUGAAGUUAACCAAGUACAGGAUUUUGGAGGAGCCCAAGCUAAGAACAGUGGGAUGGACCUCCACCAUUUAAACCCCCUCCACCACCAAUAAAAUACUCAGCCAUUCAAGGUCCUACUGCAUAUGACUGAACUGUGAGGCAGAAGCAACACACUUCUUUUUGCAAUUUACUUUUCAUUCACUUUUAAUUGUGGUGCAGUAUUCAAGUGUAAUAAAUCCUUUUUCUUUUGUGCAUGUGUUAUAAGAGCAAACAUUAUAAACAUCCACAGGUAAUAUUCUGCAAUUUCUCUAAAUUGUGAAUAGGUCUGAUGGAAUGUACUGUUUUAAUAUUUCUAGAGUUUAUUGCCUGCCCUGAAGAUGUUUGCCCCUCCCUACCUCAGUGACCUGCUAAUCCCUUAUGAACCUGUCCGCUC